UCUAAACGAAUAUUUCAAAUAAUAUCUGUCAGAACUUUUUCCGUAAGAAAGAAAUAUAUUUUUCAUUGGAAAAAACUUAAAGGUGAAUAUUUUCCAUAAUGAUCUAAACCAAAAACCUCAAAUACAGAACACAAACUAUGUUUUCAGAGAACAAACUUUUAUAUCUUUUGUCUUUUUUUUAUUGACCAAACCUUUUGUCUUCCAAGAAGGCAAUGAUAUUAAUUUUCAGGAUUCGGCCCUUCGGUCCAAAAUAGUAACUACUAGCUCAUCGGUCACGUUUGUCGUCUCCAAAAAACAAAACAUAUAUUUCAUAAAACAGAAGAGAGAAAAAGAGAGAAGAUCACUUCAAUUGUGAAGAAGGAUGAUGUUACCAGAAGCAUGCGUGGCGAAUAUCCUCUCUUUCACAACUCCGGCUGACACAUUCUCGUCGGCGGCUGUCUCAUCAGUUUUCCGAGUCGCCGGAGACUCUGACUUUGUCUGGGAGAAGUUUUUACCGACCGAUUACUGCCACGUCAUCUCUAGAUCGAGUGGUCCUCACCGGAGUUUCUCUUCCAAAAAGGAGCUUUAUCGAUAUCUCUGUGAAUCAAUUCUCAUCGAUAAUGGCAGAAAGAUUUUCAAGAUCGAGAAGCUUUCAGGGAAAAUAUCGUAUAUUUUGUCAGCAAGAGAUCUUUCUAUAACUUGGAGCGACCAGCGACAUUACUGGUCUUGGAGCCCUCGAUCAGAUUCAAGGUUUUCGGAAGGAGUCGAACUUAUUAUGACGGAUUGGUUAGAAAUCAUCGGAAAAAUCCAAACCGGAGUUUUAUCGCCGAACACAAACUAUGGAGCUUAUUUGAUUAUGAAAGUGACGUCACGUGCCUAUGGACUAGACCUAGUUCCGGCAGAGACUUCGAUAAAAGUGGGGAAUUGUGAAAAGAAAAUAAGGUCAACUUAUCUAAGUUGCUUGGAUAACAAGAAACAACAAAUGGAACGGAUGUUUUACAGACAGCGAGAACAGAGAAUGGCGAUGGACAAGGUUGUUGGAAGUAAUCGGAGGGAGCCAGAGUUGAGAGACGAUGGGUGGAUGGAGAUAGAGCUCGGAGAGUUUAAGACAGGAUCACGAGAAGGUGACGACGACGACAAGGAAGUUGUUAUGAGUCUGAGCGAAGUUAAAGGUUAUCAAUUGAAGGGUGGGAUUGCGAUUGAUGGGAUUGAAGUAAGGCCUAAACUAAACCCCGCAAAAGUGAGGGACUAACUUAAAGAGGAGUGCCAAAUUUUGUGUUUGUUUACCUUAUGAGAAUGUGUUGUAAGAUGAGAAAAUUAUUUUGGUGGGUUGGUAAUAACUAAUAAGAACCGUAAUUGAGUAAUACAUUAUAUUAUGCAUGUAGAGUAGACCAAGACUUGUCAUCUGACAAAGAAAAAAGAGACUACGAAUUGUCAAA